UCUCAAAGGCGAAGUCGCUUGUUACUUGUUGCACGGUGAUAUAAGAUUUACGUGAAUUAUUAUUUAUCAAAAUGAAAGUUAAAAAUAAAACAAACACUUUAAGAGAUAAAGCACUUAAGAAAGCUGUGAAGAAUAAAACAAAAGCCACAAGAAAUUCAGGAGAAUCGACCCUACGGAAAGCUGUGAAAAAUGUCAAAGAAGUAUUUGAGAAGAAACAAAUUGAAGAUAGAUCAAAAAAAGAUAAUCUGAAAGAAUCUUUUACUGUGAAAGCUGCGAAAAAGAAAUGGGAAUUUAAGUCGAGUAGGGGAAUUGUAUAUCUUGGUCAUAUACCGCAUGGAUUCUUUGAGGAUCAAAUGAAAGAUUAUUUUACACAAUUUGGUAGAGUUACCAAAGUUAGGCUUGUAAGAUCUAGCAAGACUGGAAUUAGUCGAGGUUAUGGUUACGUCGAAUUUCAACAUCCUGAUGUUGCUAAGAUAGCAGCCGAAACGAUGAAUAAUUAUUUAAUGUGCGGUAGAUUAUUAAAAGCCACGUACAUACCACCAGAGAAACAGCACAUAGGAUUCUUCGUUGGAAAAAGUUGGACGAAGACGAGGUAUCCAAAAGUAAUAAAUAGAAGAAAGAUAACGAUUAUUAGAAAUUCUAUUAUAAGUGACGAUAAGCACAAGCUAUAUAAAAAAAAGAGUUUAAGAAAUCUGACAAAAUUGGAGGAGAAAUUAAAAGAGAAUGGUAUUAAUUUGAAAUUCAAUUCGAUCGUACUUCCUGACGAGCAAGCGAAAGAAACGAAAUAAAAUAAAUGUUCUAACUCGUUAA